UGCAUAAAGUUUGGUGUGUGGCCCUUUAGGGAGAGGCGCUGACUGCUGGUGUGGAGGAGGAGAGGGAGAGGGGAGUGAAUGGAGAGGAGAGCGAGGAGGGUGGUGAUGACGAGCAAGUUGCCGCAGAACCGAAUACCAACAGGCUCUUCAGUCGGAGGGUCGAGGCUCUGGACUCAACAUGCGACACGGAUGAGGAGGAAGGCAGGCUGGUGAUGGCUGACAUAGGGGAAGAGUGCGGCGAAGAUGAGCAGGAGGAGGCGGAUGACCCGUUUUUGGGGACUGAUGGAGAUGAAAGCCAAGAUGGGAAGAUGGAGUGUAAUCCGGGGUGGCGCAAGAAGAGCAAAAGGAAAAUGGAAUAUGGGAAGAAGUGGAUCGUAAGGAAUCUAGCCUUUGAGAAGGAUGGUGGCUCUAUGGUGCCCUUGAGUGUCAUUGCAAGGAAAUACGUUGAUGACUGCCUGAGGGAGCACCAAGACCCGCUUUUGUUGUCUGUGCUUGCCCGCCUCCUACACCAGCAGUUCCCGAAAGCAGGCAAGUGUCGUCUUGGCUCACGCAAGAACCAGAAGAUACACUACAGCAAGUUGAAGUGGCUAGUCGACAAUGCAGCCCAGCAAUGCAACUCAGCGACUGCUCCAUUAACUCCCUCUGUAGAUGAGAAAGCAGAAAAAACUCCUUUUGAGGGCUCACUUUCCCCUCAAAUGCAAGGGGAUGUCAAAGAACCACAGCCCAUCAUGAGUGGCGGCAGGGGUGUGGAGAAGAGACAGCACAUGACUAGUGAGGCGGUGACUGCAUCUCCCAGCCAGUCACCAGUGGGAGACAUUGAUGAGGGUGAGAAGGAGUGUCCAGAAGCUGCCGGACGCCUGGAGCAAGUGGUGAAGAAAAUGUGCUCGCAGGGAAAACGGGAUCUUUUGUUGAAGAGCUAUGCCCACAGUGCCUCUUGCCGUACCGCAACAUGCUCCUCCCUCUGCCUCAUGUUCCGGCGGGUGCGUACCCAUGUUGUGACAGCACGCCAUGUCUGCAAGGUCAUGCGCAUCUAUACUGUCCUCCUUAAGUCACACGUAUCCCUCUGUGUUGACAAUGAUUGUGGCCUGACAGCCUGCCCGACCUUGCGUUUGUCUCGGCAGAACAAACGGUGUUUGGAUGGGGAGCAGAAGGAGCAGCAGCAGGAAAAGUUGUGUGUGAAGCUGUCACCAGACCUCAUGCCUAGCUCCCCCCCCUCCGAGCUGUCACCAGACCUCAUGCCUAGCUCCCCCCCCUCCAAGCUGUCACCAGACUUCAUGCCUAACUCCCCCCCCUCCAUACACAAGGAUACACAAAAAUAUACCCCUCCCCUCCAAACAAUUACUGUUGAGGUUGAUCCAUUAUGGAAACAAGAAUUCUCCAUGAUAAAGCGUAUUCGAGCAUAACUUCUGACAUCUUCAGGCCUCUCUCAGUGCUUUCACACCACCUAGUUCCUCGCCGUGGCCCUGUACAGUUCAACGCCGUAAAAUUCAGUCAACCGAAUAUUCCUAUGGAGCCAUUCACGCAGCAUGUUCAUGGCAAGGCUGCCCUCCUGAUGCCGAAUGCAUUCUGGGCGCCACUCUGUGCCGCCCGGCCCAAGGCUAGCUUUGGUAGUUGUUGUGGACGUUGAUCAGGGGAUGAAAUGUGAUGUAUUUUUCUUUUGUUUAUUUUGAGUAAGGUAUGUAAUGAAUUUAGGAAACAGGGUUAAUGAGUGUUUUGGAUAACUGUCAGUGUUUUCAUUCAAAUUUAAGAAUCAGAAGAAAACAGGCACAUUGUAUGGCAGAAGAAAACUAGAUAAUUAGAGUAGAAGAGGGUUAAUUUUAAAUUUCUGCCAUUACCCAGAGUAUGUUGUUUUUGAAAUGUCAUACGCGGUUUAUCCUCAUGCACGGUCUGAUUUUAAACUUGUCUGUGUAUCAGGAGGGACCAGUCUGUGUAUCAGGAGGGACCAGUCUGUGUAUCAGGAGGGACCACUGUAUAGACAUUGGCCAACUUAUUGUUUUCAUUGAGGAGAAAUCAGUACUUUGGGACAUGAUGCUACAGAGGACCAGAAUAGUUGAAAUCUGCCUGUGUCAGAAUGGAGGGAAGUGAGCUGUUCAUUUUGGUGCUCACAGGUGUGGCUCUUGUCCAAACACUUGAGCAGUUCACCAAAAGUGUCACUGCCAUUGAUGGCAGUGACAAUAGCCCAGGUGGUGUGAAAGCAGCCUGAGAGGCUCAAAUGUAGGAUUUGUGAAACAUUGCUAAUGUUGAAAAGACCCUGAAAUCUUCCCAUCACUAGUCAAGGAGUCCCUUUAGUGAUGCAAUUACAAGCAUGAGACUCAUUCAGCCUCGCAGUCACAUGCUACUGUGACUCAGCGCUGCAGUCUGCAGGACUUCAAAGUGCUUCAGUCCCUGCUGUAUCAGCUGAGAAAACCCAGGAGCAACCAGGAAUAGCUAAGCUCAUCUUCUGUAAGUUAAAUUAUGUUUCUCCACUUUGGAUACUUAUUCCUCUGCUCUAUUCUAAGUAGCUUAUUUUUGUUCUGGUGAGUGGAAAUGGCAUGCUGCUCAGGUCUGAGUCUGUGAGUGUGUUUCAGGAACUAUAGUGAAGAUGUUACUGUUUUGCAUUCAUACAACAUGAUGCUCUUAUUGCUGAAGGUGAAAUAUUUUUAGUAUGCUAAUAAGUACUGUCAUUAGACUCUACCUGUACUAGCAGCAUUAUUAAUUCUUACAGAACAAAUUUAGGAUAUUAGAGACAGGGUCUGGAGAAUAGAUCAUGUGGGCUGGAAAUGAGCAGUGAGGCCGUGGGCCUUUGCUCAGUGUUGAAAUAUUAAGAAAAUAAUGAAUGGGCUUUUUGAGGCAUAAAAAGAAUGAAUGAAGGAGAAGAUGGAGGGUGAAACAAGUAUUAAUGUGUCUCUAGAAAUGAUGAAAAAUUAAAUGAGUUGCUCCUUGGGCUUAGACGUAAGUACCACUGUGUUGGGUUUUGUCAUAUUUUUACCUCCACUGUCCGUGGCACCCCAGGGUGCCACGGCACCCAGUGUGAGAACCUCUGCUCUAAGUGAUUCAAGUCAUGUAAGUGUAAGUGAUUUGCUGUUUGUUGUCCCAUCAUGGGAGGAACACGUGAUGAGGCUGCAGAGAAAGCGGGAAAUACAGUUGCCUCGUAAUUUGUAUAGUAUAUAUAUUUUUUUUGAGCUUUUUUUGUGUAUUCAGAUGACACAGUAUCAUAUCUUGUUCACAGAUUCUAAUUCUUUUGUUCAAAGAUAUAAAAAGUGUGUGGGAGAUGAAGAAAUGGAGGUUUUGGAGAAUCAAGUUGUGUUUGCCGAUCCUCCUUGUUCAAGUAUCAUUUUUCUGGAGUUGAUGGUAUUUACCUGCCUGAUCUUAUUGAAUGUUGGUAUUAGAUAUGAACUCAUUUAAGUUGUAGAAUAUAUAAUUUGUAUUCCCAAAGUCAAAAAGUGGAUGUAAGAAGAGCUGAGCAAAUGUAGAGGCUCUACUCUGCCAGGAUAACAAGUGUGAUACCUUGGGUUCAAUUUGUUAUGCCAAUAAUUCAGUGUAUACUAAUAUUGUAUGAUGGGUUGGCCAACAAUGUGAUGUAUUAUGAUAAUACAUAUGAACUUGCAAUGCAUUCAAAGUAAAGUUAUAUGCAUGGAGAGAAAAUGAGGUGUAUUGAUACCUAAGUGCGCUGCUCUUGAUGCACUCGUUGCAACAGACAAGCGGUUGGCAAGAGACUAGGCCUAUUACUUGAUGAAUGUUUCUUGAUCUGAGAUAUUAGAAACUAUUAAAAAUACGUAGUAAGUAUAAUUAUUAUCAGUAAUGAUUAUUAACACAAAAAAUAGCCAAGAAUGAGAAAAUUCUAAAUGGAUCCUUACAUGAAAACAAUGAUUGAUGGUAACUGAAUAUCAUAAUAAUGUACACGUUUGAUUUCCCUCUCUGCGUGUGGGGCUUUUUGUUGACAGUAGCAGCAGGAUCUUUUGCUAAUAAGAAACUUUUGUUUCUCCUCAUUCAGCUGAGCUUAGAUUUAAUAGUCCGGCUGGGCGGGGACGCAGUGCUCCCACCCGUCUUUCUGUUGCCUUUGUGAUUACACCUCCUAGCCUGUUUAGGACAGGGAAGAAACAACAACAACCCCACCCUCAAACUAAAGCGAAAUUGAAUAACAUCGCUUGUGUGAAUACAGUUUGUAUCAAUGAGAUCGUGUACAAGCUCCUUUCUUAAAAUACAGAGACACACAAGAAGAGGAUGAUACGUCAUGAUAAAAUUUUGUCUUGUGUCUGAAAAUAUGGAUGGCUAACGAUGCCCAAAAGAUUUGCUGAAAGGUGACUAAGAAUCAGAUAUGUUUGUAAUAGCAUUGCUACAAAUGCUUUAUGCGGAAGAAACGUUUGUAAUAUGGGGAAAGUAAAUUUUUCUGUUAUGGUUUUCCUUUCAGGCAGUGGCCAUGUCUGUAUGUAAUGUGGGGAAACCCAGAACAGUCGAUCCUCUUAAAUAAUUAAGGUAUUAACUGUGAAUUAUGUGAAUGUCUGCCCUGCCACACCAUCACAUAACUGUAAAAACAGUCACACUUUUAUAAUUGAUGUACUUUUUGUUGACACAUUGUGUCUGGUAACCUUGUUUCUGACUCACUGUGUUGCUUUGUGUUGUGGGUGUCAUGUACCACUAUGGAUAAAAUUUGCUUGUGCCACUGACAUGCUAGGGCAGAGAAGCCCCACAAGAGAGCUACAGGCAAAAUAAAUAGAUAAAAAAAAUAAAUAAAUAAAUAAAUAAAUAAAAGAAAUAAGAAAAAAAUAUAAAAAUACACUCUCAGUAAACUGCAGAGUUCACUCAGUCAUUACAUCUGUUUGCAAGGCCACGAGGCUCUAACACACAUUGCUUUGAUGCAUGGACUGUCGUAUUAUCAAUGUCUAUGUAUGUCAUUUCAUUGAUAGUUUUAUGAGAAAGUUCAUAAAACUAUCAGUUGUACCGUAGGUUACGAUUUUUUGUUAUUCUCCUCCAUCAUCGUACAAGUGGCCAUUGCAAGGUGGACAAAACGCGUACCAUUGUAGCGUUGCCAUAGACGCCCACUAGAGCAAAGGCUUUGGUUUGUUUGAUUUAUUUUUGUGACAUUACUUUUAGUAGAUUUGAUUUUGUAACAUCACUUAGACUCCUCUGUUGGAUAGUGGUUAAUGUGCAGGUCUAUUAAUCUACAGGCCUGGAUUCAAAUUCCGGGCCAGGCAGUUGGCGUGCAGCUCACCCAGCUGUUCAUCCUCCCUUUUGGGCAGGUCGAUAAAUGGGUACCUGGGGAAACCUGGGAAACAUAUUAUGUGUUAACCCGGAUGUCACAUGCGCCUUUGUCACGGGAUGACGAAACCGGUUCCCACCACAGGUUCAAGGGCCAGUGUAACUCAGAGGCGCACUGCAGCCACACUCUUGCUCUCGAUUUUACCUUGCUGUACCUAAGUAGCCAACUACUGUCUCUUUUCAUCCAGCUGCCAAAGCUCUAUCUAUAAACUCCUUCCAUGCUAUUAUUCAGCUUUAUAGAUCUUUUAUUCAUAUGUAAUGAAUUUGAUCAGUUAAAGAUCUAUCCAUUUUUAGGUAUUUGCUAAGAUAAGGAAAGGAGUUGUAGAGGCCUGAGGCAGCUGGUGAAGAGACAGACCACAUUUAUAGGGGCGGCUGCCUCCUUACUGUUUUAAUUAUAAGGUAGCUUGGAAUUGAUGGAUGACCAACACCAAACUAACCCAAUAUUAUUAUGUGAUAGCACUAUACCAAGCCUGCACUGUUGGAGCGAGGGAAAAUGAAAAUUAUUGAAUAAAUAAAAGAAACUAAUUUCUAAUACUUUUCUCUUUUAACUGAAAAAAUUGACUAUGGUCCAAAUAAGCUCUAGAAGUAAAGUUUCCCUCAUACCCAGUCCAGGACAUUGAAAUUACAUGAGCCUUACAAUGUUUUUUCAGUGUAACAUUAAUGUUCUUUAUAAUAUUUAUCUUUAUCCCUUCCAUCAGUGGUUCCUUAAGUCAGAGAUAUGGCACAGCAAAACUUGGGUACAAAAAGCCACAAUGUGAAGUGGCCUCAGCCACACUGACGGCUCCUGUGAUAUGUUCUGUUGUCUUCUGUGCUGUAUUCCGAUUUAAUGAACCAUUUAGUCUGCGUAGGGCCUAUACUGAUACUGCUUGAUGAACUUGAUCAUAUUUCUCACCCUAGGCUCUGAUGACCCACACAAAGACUUGCGGAAACCAUUCUCUUGUUUUAUCUUGAAAGUCCCGGGGUUCAGAGGGAGUAGUUCUCGGCUAGGCAGACAAACCCCCACUGAGGUCAGUGGGCUAAUGUCUGGCUGCAGUGGUGCACACUGAGGUCACUGGGCUAAUGCCUGGCUGCAGUGGUGCACACUGAGGUCAGUGGGCUAAUGCCUGGCUGCAGUGGUGCACACUGAGGUCAGUGGGCUAAUGCCUGGCUGCAGUGGUGCAGACACAGUUGGGUCGGCAUCACGUUCACCCCGCCACUCACAGAACACUCACAGGAUGAACUCUGGGUUUUGCCAAGGGUUAUUUUUCUAUAACGUGCAAACCAAGAAAGCUUGUCAGUGAUGCCUAUUGCUCUCCUCUAACGUGCUCACUACAGAUUUGUUAGUAAGGAAUAUUACUCUAAUAUUUUCACUGGAAAUCUUCUCACUGAUACAACGUUAGAGUAUUAAAUUAUAUUGCAAUCAAAGAGAUUUAAAUCAAGUACGUACUAAUAUUAGCUUUGGGAUUUCUUAGUGUUUGGGCUUGAAGCUUUUCUUCUAAAUACAUAAUAUUAGGGGCUUGUUCUUAUGACUAAUAAUUGCUAGUAUUCAGUGCACAUAAUAUUUGUAGCACCCGUAAUGCUUGUGGUGAUUUUGGUUUUCUCACAUAGUCGUAGAUGGCCGAUGGGGCUGGGCGGGGAAAAAUGAGUCUACACAAAACUGUCUAAUUGUCUGAAACCUCAUGACAUCUGAAGCAUCUUCUUAUGUGUAGUGAAGCAGAGUGUACAGACAUCACAUCUUGCAAAGAGUAUGAGCGAAGAGUGAUGUGCUGUGACGAAGCCAAUUGAUUUAGUAUAGCUGUGGAAAUAAGAGUAAUAACAGUAAUGAUUUGUUUCAGUAUAGCAGCAAAAAUAAGAGUAAUAACUAAUAAUUUGUUUUAGCAUAGCAGCAAAAAUAAGAGAGUUAAGGUUAUGAAGAAAUCUGUUACCGAGGUCCAGUAUGUCUGCUUUGAAUCUUUAUGUGGAGAAAAGAAAUGAAUAAGUACUAAGUAGGAAAUGAGCAGAAUGUUAUUGGACUAAGAGGAAUACAAGGAAACAACAUUACACUUUGAAAUAACUGUUAAAUGGAAGUAGUGAAAUGUUUGUCCUGUAUUCAGUCAAAAUAAUAUUAGUGAACUUAAAUACUCUGUUUGAAUUAAGAAACUGUGCUUCACCAUUAAAGUUGUUCCUUGAAAGAGUAACAUAAAAGAUGUCAGAAUAUAUCAUGUAUGUUUCAGUCACAUUAUUUCGUUGAACGCGCGCACACACACACACACACACACACACACAUACACACACUUGCACUAUGAGAGAUAAUCCUAAGACUCCUGACCUUCCUCCUCUGACGCGUUCACUAAAAGUCACUCUCCCUUCUCAGUUCUAACAUUCUUCCUUCUCUAUCUCACCUUGUGUCUGCCAGUUACAUUCUAUUCCCCUCCUGUCUCUCUCCAAACCCCUUCAAAUGCUGUCCCUACCAUCCUCCAGUGUCCUUGUUUUCCUUCUGUUUGUGUUGUCUUCAAAUGUCCUGUUGUGUUGUCUCCAAGUGUCCUGUUGUCUUCUGUCCAUGUCCAUGUUUACUAUUCCCAGUCGUCUUAUUUAGUGUUCUCUUUAUUUUGUGUUUGUUGUGUGUCAUGUGUCCCUUUGUUCCUUCCUUAUCCUACUCUGCCCUUUGACCUGACCCCUUCUCUCUUUACCUCAGUCUAGAUGUUCUUACUGUUUGGUUUAUUCUCCCAUGCCACACAUCAUUGUCCUCACUUCCUCAGGCCUCCCCAUUGUUCUGAUAUAAUAUUGUAAAUGCAUUUAGAAUCUAUCAUAAUAAAGUUUGAGUUUGCAAAGUUA